AUGCCCCAUGUAUUAGAAGAUGACGGUCCAAUAAGUCUUCCAAAAUCAGAUCGAGGUGAACAUGCCCGCGGCGGCCGAGCAUCCUCCAUAUUAAAUUUCGUAUUGUUCGGGGGGUCAGAAGACGACGACGAUUUUGACACUCUCAAAGUACACGAGCGGACCACGAGCGAAGAUACAGGCCGUCAACGAAUAAACAAAACACGUUCAUUUUCCACUUCAACUGCUCUAGAUCAAAACCACAAGGGAAAAGAGCGAAGUUCUGCAUCGCCAAGUUUGAAGCCUACCAUGAAAGGACGAUUACGAUCUUUUUCAUUUUCAAAGAGGAAUGAGUCAUCGCCUGAUUUAUCACAAUUAAAUGCAAAUGGCGAAUCGAGUAGUAAAGGACAAUCAGAUGCAAAUAAUUAUUUACAUGCACUGCAAUCACAACGCCGUUUGUCAGGACAUAAUUUUAAUCGAGGCUCCGAGCCAUCUAGCCCCACGCAGCCGGUUGGCCCGCAUGGUAUUCCUUGGAUCAAACCCAAAAAGCCUCGUCGUAUGAGCGUUGCGAGUCUCUUUUCACUUAAUAGGGAUAAGAAGCAUGCCGCUUCUUUACCAUCACCUAAACUAUACCCACACAUUGAAAACGAGCAGGAUUGUAACCCCAAGUUUCCGACUGGACGCCGUGCGUCAUACGCAGACAAUAAUUUUGAUAUGUUGUUUCCUGAGGACAGCCGCUUCUCAUCUGGAGAUAGUGACACUAGUGACGGUACAUCUCGUCUAGGCGAAUCCGACAGAGAAGAAUCCACUGUUGAUGGAUAUUCGAUGGGUCGUGUAAUAGCAGCAGCAUCCAAAGACUUUGUAUCUGAUAUAUCUCACAAACUUCAUCCACACAGAGGUAGUCUACCUUCUAGAAAUGAAUAUACGAGACCAAAGUCAGAAGCGGGAUCCUUGAGAAGUACAAAGUCGGCCCCGCCUAUGGCAACGAGUUUGUAUUACCCGGAAUCAAUUGGACUGCUGUCACCUAAUCAGAAUACGUUAAUGGAGUUUUUAUAUGACUUUCAGUCAAGGAUAUAUUGUUGCUAUCGAAAGGAAUUUCCGCCGAUUGAACCUGCAUUUCAUACGUCAGACACUGGCUGGGGAUGUAUGCAUAGAACGGGACAGAGUUUACUGGCACAGGGAUUUCUGAUAGUGUUGCUUGGACGUGGUUGGCGAUUGCAUCAUCAUCAACCGCCUGCAGACGUGGUGACAUACCGAAAAAUUAUUCGUUGGUUUUUGGACGGACCUGAUCCUGAACAAUACUACUCGAUACACAAUAUCGCCAGAAUGGGAAUGAAACUAGACAAAAAAAUUGGUGAAUGGUUUGGACCUUCUACAGUGGCACACGCAUUAAAGCGAUUAUCUCUUCAGCAUAGAGAAUGUCCGUUAGCAAUCCAUAUAGCAUCCGAUAAUUCUAUAUAUCGAAAUGAAGUAUUAUCAUUAGCAUACGGUGAAUUGGAUACAUAUCCAUUUACGGGACAGAAAACAUGGAAACCAGUGCUUAUUAUGAUACCGAUUAGGCUCGGUACAGAUAAACUUAAUGCAAACUACUCGCAGAACUUGAAGGCAUUAUUUACCUUUCCGCAAUUUCUUGGAAUUGCUGGUGGGCGGCCUUGCCGAUCAUUAUACUUUGUUGCUAUACAAGACAACGAGCUGCUAUACUUAGAUCCUCACUUUGUUCGACCGGCACUCAAUCUUGACGCUUGCCAAGAAUGCCCGAUCGAGGACUAUCAUUCAACAAUAGUAAGGGCGAUGGAUAUAUCUGAAAUGGAUCCAUCCAUGUUGCUUGGGUUUAUCUGCCAAAGCGAACAAGAAUUUAAUGAUUUCUGUGAUCGAGUAGAAAGGGACAUGGAUUCACGAUUUCCCUUCUUUACGGUAAUGGACGCAAGCCUGCCUCCUGGUGCAUGGACAUCAUCUCGUCGACUGAGCGACGUAUCGUCUUCAGUGUCAGAGAUUGAAUCGGACUUUGUAGAAGACAUUAAAGACAUUACAGAUAAUAGAGUAUCUACACCUAAAGAUUUUGCUGAGAUUAUUAGUACAGAAGAUGAUACCGUUAAUGUGUCGAGAGAAGAUGUCGAAGAGCAAGAGAGUCUGCAUAUGGACUGUGUAGAAGAAGAUUUGGGAAUAGAUGAGAGGAUGUUAUCAGCACGGAGACACCCGCUUAAAAAUAUAGCACAUACAUUCUCGUCGGUAUCGGUUGCCUUUGGAGGAAAGGUCACUUUACACAAAACAAAUAUGCUCAAAGGGGCAGGAUUUUCAGGAAUGAGCACUUUGGACCUGGUUUUAGAUCGAUCUACCGGAAGCGUCAAACUAGAGUCGUAUCCCGUUCUCUCGUCGACAGAGAAUAUUCGAGAAAUCAAUGAAAAUGUGCGCACAGUACAGUAUAGUAAGGAUGGCGGCUACUUUGGAUGGGCUACGAACGAGUGUGUCAAGAUUAUCAAUGCUGAUACGGGUGCGCUUGUCGGCGAAAUUAAUAAAAAGAAUGUCAUUGAUAUUGGAUUCUCACCAAAGGGAACAUAUUUGUCUACUUGGGAACGACCAGUUAAGAUCGAAGGUGACGCUUCCCCCCACAAGAACCUUGUCAUUUGGGACGUUGCUACGGGCAAUGAACUCAUAUCUUUUACACAGAAAAGCCAGAAUAAAUGGAAUGUUCAAUGGACGUCAGACGAGGCUUACUUUUGUCGUAUGGUUACAAACGAGAUCCACUUUUAUGAUAACACAAGAUUGUCAAAAGGCAUUCAUUCAAAGCUACGGUUGGAAAACGUAUCUGAUUUCGCAUUGUCGCCCGGUAAAAGCCCAGCAGUAGCUGCGUUUAUCCCCGAGAGAAAAGGGAGCCCAGCAGUUGUGCGCGUAUAUUCGAUAACGAACUUUAAUAAUGUCUUGGCACACAAGACUUUUUUCAAAGCUGAUAAAAUUCAAAUGAAAUGGAAUGCCCUCGGAACCAAUUUAUUAGUAUUGACGCAAACUGACUUUGACACGACCAAUAGAUCAUAUUAUGGAGAAACAAAUCUUUACUUUCUCUCGGUAGCCGGCAAUUAUGAUUGUCGUGUGGACCUCGACAAGAAGGGACCCAUCCACGACGUCACAUGGAGUCCUAACUCGAAGGAAUUCAUAGUAAUCUAUGGAUUCAUGCCUGCGAAAGUGACUCUCUUUGACCACCGUGCGAAUCCAGUUCAUGAAUUUGGCAUUAAUCCGCGAAACACUGCACAGUUCAAUCCUCAGGGACGACAUAUCCUUGUCAUUGUACAAGUUUCAAAUAGCAUAUUUAUUCCAGGCUUUGGUAAUCUCUCGGGAACGGUUGACGUUUGGGAUCGACAGACGUUAAAAAAGAUUAGCACAUUCGAAGCGCCGGAUACAUCAGAAUGCACGUGGUCGCCGGAUGGGAGACAUAUCCUGACAGCGACAUUGAGUCCGAGACUAAGAGUGGACAACGGAUAUAAAAUAUGGCAUUAUUCCGGUGGUUUAAUGCACACGAAAAGUGUGGAUGAGUUGUGGCAGGUUGUGUGGAGACCAGCAUCUGUUGAAUUGUAUCCGAUGAGAACGACCCUUUCGCCUCCACCAAAACCAAUUGACGAUGGAACUCAGAAUGCUGUUAAACCUCCACCCAAACCCGUUGGUGCUUACCGACCUCCACAUGCACGCGGAACGGCAACGCCACAGAUAUUCAAGCGUGAAGACGAAACGUCGAGCGGAUCUCAAUUAAAUAACAAGGCUCAGAAGCCUGCUAGCGCCGGUGAGAUAUCACCAAGUAAAUCAGCAGCAAAGAAUAAGAAGAAACGUGACGCAUUCAAGAAAAAAAGAGAGGAACAAGAGGAAGCAGUUACUAGUAGCAACGCACCCUCGACUGGAACUGUAAGCCCAAUUACGGCAACUCCUGCAAGUGCACAAACGGACGCGGAGAAGAAGAUUAAGGCGAUUACGAAGAAGCUCCGGCAAAUUACAGAAUUAAAAGAACGCUUAGCUAGAGGAGAUCAAUUAGAGCAAACGCAGAUUCAGAAGAUCUCUAACGAGGCGGCGUUGAUAAAAGAGUUGGAGCAACUAAAAAUUCAAAGUUAA